AUGACCCAUAAACCUCGAGCUCGUAGAAAACACGUGUUAGAACAACCACAAUGUUUUGAUCCAAACAUCUACCUCCAUGAAAGCAUGACCAUAACGACCACCAACACAACCACUCACAUUACUUCUCUCCCCAAUGAACUACUCUUUGAAAUCUUUCAAUUCGGAGGUAUCAGUCCGUUUCAUUUGGUUCAAUACUCUCAUGUUUGUAAACAAUGGGCUCAUGUCUUGAAUGAGGAGCCUUCUUGUUGGUAUGUUUGGUUCCAAGUCUCUCCUGCUUUUCUGAUCCAACAACAUUUGAAUCCCAUGAUUCGGAAAAAGAAGAUUGGCCUAAUUCAAUCAUCCUCACACAAUCCACAAAUUUGUUCAUCAUCAUCAUCAUGGAAUCAUGGAUUGGGGUUUCUUCUAUGUAAAUAUUUUGACCAUACCUCUCCAUUGCAUGUUUCGAGAGGACGAUCCAGCUAUUCGUUGGCGUAUCAGUGUUCGGAAAAGUCCUUCACGCAGAAACAACAACAGACGGCUUUAAUGAUGACGGAUAAGGUACACACAGCAGAUUCCAUCCAAUCUCCUCAUCAAGGUGCAUAUAAUCUUGUGAAGUUAAUGAAACGACCCAUUCUCGUUUGUAAACAACAAUUUAUGGACUAUUUACAAUAUUCAAAAAAGCAACAAGAAAAUAUUCGAAGAAACCAGUUGAUUAAGCAGUAUUUGACUCAAAAGAAAUUCCAAUUUUACCAAUAUUCCACACACCUCUAUAUGGCGGUGAUAGUUUUGAUUGUACUAGCUCUGAAUAUUGGAAUUGGAUGGUACGGAAGCAUACCCUCUGAGGAUCAGUACUUGGAGAGUGGUUUAUGGUGGAUGCCGUAUUUCUUGUCAACUCCUUUUAUGUUGAUUGGUGUUGCCAUGAUGAAUGUGUUUAUUGAAAUGGUGGAUUCAAAAAUUAAUGGAAGGGGAGCGCCUGAACUGUUGCUUGCACUACUGCUACUGUUAUGGAUUUCAUCCUCAUGGAUUGGAUUUAGAAACAUGUUAUACCUUUCCUUUUCCAAAGAUGAAAUCUCAGUACCGAAAUGGCAAUUUCUUUUUCCCACUCGUAUUUUCAUUCAAUUAAUGCCCAUUCAUGUCAUUGCAGCUUUUUUACUGGUGGUCAUCUCAUGUUUCGACUCAUAUUCAGACACUGACCCCAUCAUGCAGCGGAGUAGUAUAGCUUAUUGCAGUAGUGUGGCCAUGUACGCUUUUUUAGGUUUCACGAACAAGGUGAUGAUUGUCUUGCCGUUGGUGCUUGACGGAGUUUACGAAUCCAUUGCAUUUAUGAUAUGGAAUGCUUGGCCAUUACGAAAGUAUGAACCGCAGAGAUUUCAAUCGAAUUUAUUUGCAAGUUUUAUCCCAAUUUCAAUGGCUGCUUCACUUGUCAUGAUUGCACUUGAAUAUUACUCGUUUGUGACCACUCUACCGUUGACUCUAUCAACGCUGCUGUUUGUUGGUCACGAGCUUGGGUGGUUUCCAGAGUGCACCGUUCAGCCUAUUCCGGUGAGUAAAAAGAAGAAGAGGAAGAAACAAAAGAAGUGA